AUGCGGGAACGCUCUGCGACGGUGGCGGCCCUGGAUGCACAGUAUCCCAAGCGACGGUUGGAUGAUGACGACGACGACCUCGCUGCCAUCGCUAUCCUCCCAGCGGAGCUGGUGGCCCAGGUGCGCCCGGAGCCGCUUUCGCCGGAGGCCACUGAGGCGACUAAGGCUCCUGCACCCAAGGCUCGGCCGGCUCUCAACCGAGCCCAAACGGCUGAGGUGCGACGGCGCAGAAGUGGCAAAGCGCAGGAUCAGGUGGCUCGGAACCGGAGCACCGGCCUCCGGGCCAUGCCCCAGAACUUUGGCAGCCUCGAGUUGAUGCUCUCGGGCGGCGGGGCGCUGAAACAGAAGCCGAAAGCCCUGGCGAAGAGGUGA